AUGCAGGGAGCAGUUUUCCUCCUGGUUCUCCUUGGUGCCAUGUCAGGGAGAGAAAUGCUACACCUAGUCCACUUGCCUGCUACAAGCACCGUGGCCGAGAAUUCUCCACCUGAGACUCCAGUGCACAAGUUUUCUGUGAACUUAUCAGCCUCGCUGUCGCCUGUGAUCCCAGGGUGGCCCCUGAUUAUCAACACAAGCCCCCUCACUGAUGCCUUCAAUGUGAACUGGCUGUCAGGCACCGACUUUGAGGUUGUCACCACUGGGAUGGAAAAACUAGACUUUGAAACAGGACCAAACGUAUUUGAUUUGCAGAUUUAUGUCAAGGAUGAUGUCGGUGUCACCGACCUCCAGAUCCUGACUGUCCAGGUGACAGAUGUGAACGAGCCGCCUCAGUUCCAAGGCAACUUGGCAAAAGGUCUAGACCUGUACAUACUGGAAGGAGCAAACCCAGGAUUCAUUUACCAGGUUGAGGCCUUCGAUCCAGAAGACACAAGCCGAAACAUACCCCUCAGCUAUUUCCUGAUCUUCCGCUCAGUGAACUUCAGAAUGUCUGCUAAUGGGGCCCUCUUCUCUACAACAGAAUUUGACUUUGAAGCAGGACACAAAAGUUUCCAUCUGGUUGCAGGAGUGAGAGAUAGCCAAGGGCUUGAAGCCUCCACAACGCUCUGGGUGAACAUUGUGAAUGUCAACGACGAAAUGCCUCGCUUUACCAGCCCGGCGCGAGUGUACACGAUUCCCGAGGAGCUGGUUUCAGGCACCAUUGUGGCCAACAUCACAGCGGAGGACCCUGAUGAUAAAGGUUUUACCGGCUUCCUCCUCUACAGCAUCACGACCCCUAACCGCUAUUUCGUGAUCAACCAGUUGACCGGUACGAUCCAAGUGGCCCACAGGCUAGACCGAGAUGCAGGUGAAUUAAGACAAAAUCCCUCCAUUUCUCUGGAAGUUCUGGUGAAGGACAGACCCUCGGGGGGUCAAGAGAAUCGCAUGCAGAUAACCUUCAUCGUAGAGGACAUUAAUGACAACCCGGCCAUGUGCACCAAGACCACCUUCAGCAUUAUGGUGCCUGAAAGAGCGGCCAAGGGGACGUUGCUUCUGGACCUGAACAAGUUCUGCUUUGAUGAUGACAGCAAAGCACCAAACAACCAAUUCAACUUCACCACGCCAUCUGGAGUGGGGAGCAGCGGCAGAUUUUCACAGGAUCCAGCAGGCUCUGGGAAAAUCGUGUUGAUUGGUGACCUGGAUUAUGAAAAUUCAAGUAAUCUAGCAGCCGGCAAUAAGUACACCGUGAUAAUCCAGGUGCAGGAUGUUGCCCCUCCUUACUAUAAAACUCGAACCCGGGUGGGACUAGUGCAUGCCACCGAUAAAGACUUCCCCCAGAGCAGCAUCAUGUACUCCAUCUCCAUGGGAGGAGCCAGCCUCCAGUACCCAAACAUAUUUUGGAUCAAUCCCCAGACAGGAGAACUCCAGCUGGUGACGAAAGCAGACUACGAAACAACCCCCAUCUAUAUUCUCAGAAUCCAGGCCACCAACGUCGAGGACAGCAGCUCAGUCACUGUAACUGUGAACAUCCUCGAAGAAAAUGAUGAAAAGCCGAUUUGUACCCCAAACUCUUAUUUCUUGGCCAUCCCCAUGGAUCUGAAAGUUGGCACAAACAUUCAAAAUUUCAAGCUGACGUGUACCGACCUUGAUUCCAGCCCCAGGUCGUUUCGUUACUCCAUGGGCCCAGGCAACAUCAACAGUCAUUUCACCUUCUCUCCCAACGCUGGGUCCAACGUUACAAGUCUGCUUCUUGCGACACGCUUCGACUACGCCAGUGGGCUUGACAAGAUCUGGGACUACAAACUACUUGUCUACAUAACUGAUGACAACUUGCUGUCUGGCAGGAAGAAAGCUCAGGCUCACGUUGAAACAGGAACGGUAACGCUGAGUAUUAGCGUCAUUCCUCACCCCACCACAGUUGUCACCACAACCACCAGGCCCAGGGUCAUCUACCAGGUCCUGAGAAAAAAUGUUUAUUCUCCAUCAGCGUGGUAUGUGCCUUUUGUCAUCACGUUGGGCUCCAUAUUGCUUCUGGGCCUCCUGGGAUCCCUGUUUGUCCUGUUGGCCAAAGCCAUCCACAGACACUGUCCCCGCAAGACUGGGAAGCCCAAGAAACUUCCGGUGAAGAAAGGAGAGAUGAAGACUACAAAGCCAGAGGUUUUGGUGGAAACAAUUCAGAUGAACUCCGUCUUUGAUGGAGAAGCCAUCGACCCAGUUACUGGGGCGGUAUAUGAAUUCAACUCAAACACAGGAGCCAGAAAGUGGAAAGAUCCCUCAACCCAAAUGCCAAGAUGGAAAGAGCCGGACCCCCGGGGAACUGCUCCGAGUAGAGCUGUCGCUGGGGAAGAGGCCGGGCCACCCAGGAGCACCGGUGAGCGAGAUGGGCUGAGCGGCAAAGCUCCGGCUGAGGACGCCCAUUCCAGAAACCAGGAUGGCAACUCGGGCACCCCAAAGAGCAGAAACCCAGCCUCACGAGCCACCCCCAAACUGCAUCCGGGAAUACAACAG